AUGGGGAAUCUCAAUAACAAGAUGAAGUGUAUUUGUGGUAGAGGGAGACAGAUUCAUAGGCCUAGCAAUGGGGUUCGAAACACUGCAGGCCCCGAUGGACAUCAAGCGUGGGCUGCAAGAGUCCAGGCGGAUCGUGCAGUGUUCGCCAACUGUCGUUUUGAGGGCUACCAAGACACUCUAUACGUCCAAGCCCACGGACAGUUCUACAGGAGCUGCAUCGUUAGUGGCACAAUUGACUUCAUCUUUGGUGAUGCAGCUGUGGUGUUCCAGAACCGCAUCAUGGUUGUGAGGAAGCCAAAUGACAACCAGCAGAACAUGGUGACAGCACAAGGGAGAGAGGACAAGCAACAAGCCACUGGAAUUGUGCUCUAG